AUGCCCCGCGCAACCGAACCCGGAAGUAGGGUUCGCCUCCUCGGUACAGGUGCGUCCGUGCCGGGUGGUGGUAGCCGCGCCGGUGGGCGCAGCCCGCGGGCAGGUGCUGAUCGGGCUGCCGCCAUGGCCGAGGGUCAGGACCUGUUCGACGCCAUCGUGAUGGCGGAUGACAGGUUCCGCGGGGAGGGGUAUCAGGAAGGCUACGAAGAAGGCAGCGGUUUGGGCAUAAUUGAAGGAAGACAGCACGGCACAGUAUAUGGAGCAAAGAUCGGGUCUGAGAUCGGGUGCUACCAAGGUUUUGCGUUUGCUUGGAGAUGUCUCCUGCACAGCUGUGCAACUGAGAAAGACAGCAAGAAGAUGAAGGUCUUAGAGUCCUUGAUCGGCAUGAUUCAGAAGUUCCCUUACGGUGACCCUACUUACGCCAACCUUCACGAAGACUUAGACAGAAUUAGAGGGAAGUUUAAACAGCUUUGUUCAUUGCUAAAUGUUCAGCCGGACUUUAAAAUCAGUGCGGAAGGUUCUGGACUUUCAUUCUGA